AUGAGUCAAAAAUUGGUACGAGACUUCACUCCCGCUGAAGGAGUACAAGUCCUCACCUUCAACCGACCCAUGAAGCGAAAUGCGCUCUUUGGCGAGCUGAUCUCAGUCUUUCUAGACAAGCUAUCGCUAGCUGCAGCGGAUGAGGCUAUGCGGGCCAUCAUCAUCACCGGAAGCAACACGUGUUUUUCCACCAGUGCGGAUAUCAAAGAGAUCGCAGCGCUAGACGCUGAGGCCGCGGGUGUUGCCGCUACCUCGGGAACCUUUGCGCGGGGAUGA